UCAUUUGUUGUCACCUGACCUCAGUUUGCUUCCUCUUUCUCUUGGACUGAUUCCUCCAGCAGGAGCGGAAUCUGCCCCCGUCUCAUCCUGACGAUUAGAGCUCAGCCAACAGCGCAGCGCGGAGAUGUUGGCCCUCAUUCACCGGCUCCUGGACUGGUUCAGGGCGCUCUUCUGGAAGGAAGAGAUGGAGCUGACACUGGUGGGACUGCAGUACUCUGGAAAAACUACUUUUGUCAACGUGAUUGCUUCUGGUCAGUUCAAUGAAGACAUGAUCCCUACAGUCGGCUUCAACAUGAGGAAAGUCACCAAAGGCAACGUAACAAUAAAAAUUUGGGACAUAGGUGGACAGCCGCGGUUCAGGAGCAUGUGGGAGAGAUACUGCCGGGGCGUCAAUGCCAUAGUGUAUAUGGUUGAUGCUGCAGAUUGUGAAAAGGUCGAGGCCUCAAGAAACGAGCUACACAACUUGUUAGACAAACCACAGCUGCAAGGCAUUCCUGUACUUGUCCUUGGCAACAAAAGAGAUCUCCCCAGCGCACUAGAUGAGAAACAACUAAUCGAAAAGAUGAACCUGUCUGCCAUUCAAGACAGAGAGAUCUGCUGCUACUCCAUUUCAUGCAAAGAGAAAGACAAUAUAGAUAUCACAUUGCAGUGGUUGAUCCACCAUUCAAAGUCUCGGAGAAGUUGAGAACAGACCGUCCGUCCUAACUGUGAGUCCAGUCCUGCCCUCGUUCCAGCUCCCAGCUCAGCCCAGCGCUCUUCUGUCCGUCCGACUGACCGACCGGCCGGUCCUUCCUGUGACCAGUGACACAGUCCCUCUCAGUCCAGUUCUGUCUCGUUCAUUCUUUAUUACACACUGACUGUCAGUAAAGCAUCUUCACCAGUGGGCUUCAGACUCCACUCAAAUCAUACUCCAAUCAAAUCAAGGGAUAUGCUUUAAAUCAGUUUCGGGGUUAGUCUCUUUAUCCUUUGAAAUAAGAUUGUAUCAUUGUUUGGGGGUUUUCUUUUGGUCUGAUUUUUGUUAUUAUCUUGUACCAUUAAUUGUAGGAACACAUUUUACCAUAAAGAGUAGUUUUAACUUUUGAGUUGCUAGUAUUGUGUAUUUAAGGCUUCAGUACAUUAUAAAUGUACACUAUUUUUCAAAAGUUUGAGUCAGUAAGGUUUCUUUUUUUAUUAAUGAUUCUGUUCAAAAAGGAUGCAUUCACAUUUACAAGUAUAAAAGUUUAGAAAGUUACACAAUUUUCUGUUUCACGUAAAUGCUGUUGCACUUUCUGUCCAUCAAAGAAUGCAUCACAUUUAGAAGAAAUGUUUUUAUCUAGCAAAUCAGUAUAUUAGAACGAUUUCUGAAGCUGAAGACUGGAGUAAUGAUGCUGAAGAUUCAGCUUUGACAUCACAGGAAUAAAUAGCAUUUUAAGAUAUAUUCAAGUAGGAAAAAAAAAGUGGUUUAAAACUGUAAUAUUUUUACAAUAUAACUCUUUUACUGUAUUUUUGGUCACAUACUGUAAAUACAGCCUUGGUGAGCAUGAGAGACUUUCAAAAACAUCAAGAAAUCUUACUGUCCCAAACUUUUUAAUGAUAGUGUACGCUCAUCUAUGUUUGGAGAAACCAUUCCCCUAAUCUAUUAGUGAAAUAGUUACAUUUUAUAUUUGCUUGGUUUCAGAGUUGAAUUGUAGCCGGUUGACUAGCUGGAUGAAUAGACAUGCAUUAGGUUCUGCUAGCUGAUAGCCCCAUGAUUAAUAUUCAUGAGUCAAGAUGAUUUUAGAAUGCGUCUCCCAUGUUUCGGAUCUUCAUUAUGGCUUAUGAUAAAUAUUCAAGACCCACAGCUCGUUGACAUGCUCGUGGACUGUAUGUAGCUGAUGGACAUCUUUGCAUUUCCUUUAAUUAGUGUGCAUUAGGUUAAGUGCCUUUAGCAGAUACUCACAUUUUAAACCCAAUAUGAAUUUAUUAUGUUAUAUAAGCACAAACAGCGAGUCUAAACUUACUGUAGGUGCCAUUAUUACAUUAGCACAGAUUUUUGUAUUGGUAUUGAUUGCUCAUUCAUUGGCUAUGCAUUUAUUCGCACCACAAUCAUUACAUAAUCACCUGAUUGCUACAGUGCAUUGAAAACCAUUACUGGUUAAUAAAUACCAAACUAAUGUUUAUUUCGUUUAGGAGCAUGAUACACACUCUGGAAGCGGAGGGUCUCGCUUCUGGGUGAAACUAUCCAAACCCUUUUGCGAAUGAACAAAAAUUGAAUUCAACUGUUUCUGGCAGUGUCUCAAAUGCUAGCGUUUUUGAUGUCCUUUUUUUCUGAUCAAGCCCCUAAAUGCUGCGAAGUUCUUCUUCCUGUAUUCUAAAUAUGAGUUUAGCAACAUUGCAGUCAUCUUCUGUUAUUUCUUACUUAUGUUGUUUCAUGAAGCAGGUCUAAAGAUUUAUUCGUAUUUGUGUUGAUACUCCGAUAUCAUAUAAUGCUGUAUUUCCUUAAAAAUCUAGGACUUCAUCCUGAGAACAAAGGCUUAGUUUGACUGUAUAUUUGUGUAAAUAUCUUAAAGUUUAUUAGAAAAUGAUAGGUACUGAGAAGAAGGCCUGAUAGGUGCAUUGAUUACAGACUGUUUAGCAUUUAGUUAUAAGCAUAAAAUAUUGUUCAUCCAAAUACUACUGAAUACUAUCGAGGAAGAAAGUGAACUUUAAGAAUGAAUUUCUGAUGGAUAUGAACUACUAAGCCAAACAAUUUAUAUAAAUUGUAUAAUUAUUUUUUAUUUUUAUUUAGAAAAUUCUUGUUUUUGUUUUCUUAUGGCUUGUGUGUUGUGUGUGUUUUAGGCUUUAACAAAAUAGGCAGGGCUUAGUUAAUGGACAUUUAUGAUUUACGUAAAAUUGUAUGUAAUUGCUGAAGUUUGAAUGUUGUUUAGCCCAUUUAUAAAGGGCUUUAAUAAAUGGUACAUACAUACAAGUUUUUUUUUUCUUUUCUCUAGUUUUUUCCCUCCCUCUUUUCAAAUAAGCUAUCUAAAAUGGUGCCCAAAAUCCUAGAGUGUUUUUAAUAUUUACAGGACAUAUUAAUGGCCUUUUCAUAAUAUAGUAAUUUGUGAUUGUUUCGACAUCGCUGAGCCAUUCCUGCAGCCUUAUAGUACAAGAAUGGAAUGUCACACUUUUCACCGUUCAUAUCCACUUGUUACUCUGUGCAUGUCUUCAUUCAUUCAGACAUGAUGUAUUUUGUUGGUUCUGCUCACCCAAGUGCAGCAGGUCUGUGGCCAAAGCUUGUGCCCCCUGUAAACACUAUACAGGAUGGUGUCUUCUCUCCUUCAUGUGACUGUCCACACAUGAAAAAUCAAUGGAUCUGUUGCUGACUUUGUAAAUAAGCUAAUUAAAACUUGAUUUGUGUCUCUUGCA